CUCGUUGGCCUACUCACCACAGUGACGGCGGGGUCGAGGCCGGCGGAACGCAAGCGCGGCAGCACGCUCAGCACGUCCACGUCGCUGCCCAGCGCCUCCUCCAGCACCACGGCGCUGUCGCUGUCGUUGAGCGAGUCGAGCGCGCAGCCCUCCUCGUCCUCCUCGUCGUCCAGCCCGUCCUCGUCGUCCCCCGUGGAGGACGGCGCGGCCGUCCGCGUGCGCGGCCCGGGGCCCGUGCGCCCGUCCACCACCGUCGUGGCGCCCGGGAUGCUGGCGUCCAGCCCUGCCGCACUCAGCCGCGCCUGCACACGCCGAGCUCGCAGGGAUUGGCGGCAGGCGGAGGAGGAGCCUGGCGGCGAGGCGCGGGGGCGGGAGAGUGGGCGCGGCAGCCAGCACCUGCCGAGUGGAAGUGGUCAGGUGCGCCGCUCCAAGGGAUCUCUGAGGGCCGCUCCGCGCUCCAAACAAAGAGCCCUUUGCGCGCCACGCCGCGCCAGGCUGGGCUGGGCCGGCCCUCUCUGCGCCGCUCAGGCGUUGACAGCUAUUAAACUGCCUCGUCCAUCUUGCGGGUCUCGUCCGUCUCCUCCACUCAGCCAUGACUCUCCUGGCCACAACUACACCUCUCUCAUCCACCCCAUCCGCUCAAUCUGCUCCUCCCGCUCAAAUUGUUCGGGCAAUCACUUCGAAGAUUUUGCCGAUAACUCGGUGCGCCAUACUAAUCAGUCACUCACGUUAGAGUACAUCCGUACGCCGCGCUGGGCAUGGAGGAGAGUCGCUAUAUAA